AUGGAUGCGUUACGCGACACCGCGAUGCAGCCCGCGUGUUGCGCCAGUGAGGAUGCAGUGCCUCUCAUGUGCAAGUCCGUGGCGCUGGAGCUCAUUCCCUCUAACAUCUUCGUGAACGUGAAGCGCCUCGGCACGGGCGACACACCGAUGGAUGAGCACCUAAUGCUUCUGACGCACCAGCACCCGGAGAACCUCGGCGAGGUCUUGCCAAUUGGGCGCCUUCAGCAUCCGCACGUGAUCACAGAGCCAGUUUCAUUCUUCGACUCAGACCGCACCUCAUGCAUGUUGGGCGCAGACGCCAGCAUCGACGGCAACUCCGCAGUGAAGUCUCACGUGCAGGCAGCGCAUCGAAACGCCAAAGCAGCAUAUAGACGAGAAGGAGGGUGA